CCUCUCAGGGCUGACGUGACGUCUGCAGGCUGCAGGGCGACGGGCUGGAGAUGCUGCUGCUGCUGCUGCAGGCGCUUCUGCUCGCGUCUACCGGCGUGGUGCGUCUGCACGGAGAUCCUUCCGCAGUUGUGUCCCAGAACCUUGAGUGUGUGAACGACUACCUGUACACCAUCAAGUGCACCCUGAGCAUCCAGCCGCCGGACGGCCGCUACUGGCUCAACUUCACGGAAACGCACGACAGAAAGGUAUUCAAGUGCCCGCUGACACACGCCAACGGGGAGUUCACCUGCUCCUUCAAAACGCACAACCCGAAGCCAGAAGAUGACGACGACGACGACGACCAUGAUGACGACGGAGAUGAAACGAAGAUCUUUCAGGACACAGACCGUUACGAGAUCUCGCUGUGUCACGGACGGGAGGAGGGAGCCGACGCCUGCGAGCGGCUGGGAGCCAAAUACAACCCUGCGCGCAACAUCACGCCGAACGCGCCGCGCCGCCUCGCAGUGCGGCGCGACUCCAGCGGGCACCUCUUCACGUGGACGAGCACCUACGAGCCCUACGGGGAAGAGACCGCCCUGACCGAAGCCCUCGUCUUCCAGCUGCGCUACUACGAGAGAGGACGCGCGCGUGACCCGAAUUUGCCCAUCAUCAACACCAACCAGCUGAACUAUUCUGUGGCCGAUGAGCACUUUGUGCCAAACACCAAGUAUGCUGCGCGAGUGCGUUCCAGUCCUGACCAGACUCACUACAUGGGCCACUGGAGUGACUGGUCUGCUGAGGUCCACUGGGCCACAGGGCCGGCUGCGACGGAUGUCCACGGCGCGCUCCCAUCCAGCACACUGGUUUCUGGCCUGGUGAAGGUUCUCGUCCCGCUCUGUGUGGUGGUGUCCUUCGUCCUGCUUUUCUGCUGCGCGCCAGUGAAGAAGUGGAGGCAGGGGGCCUUCAUCCCAACGCCAGCGCUCUACUUCCUGACACCCAACGCCGACUGCCAGGGCGAUUUCAAGAGCUGGGCGGUUACAGAAGAAAACACGGCGGACAUGCUGAAGGCCGAGGAAACCCUCCAAAUCGACACAGUCACCGAGUGUGACGUCCCCGAGGAGGAGGAGGAGGAAGAAGAAGAAGAAGAAGAGAGCAAGGAUCAUGGUCACCACCAGGUGACGGAGGGCAGCGUGUACAACAACGUGUUGCUGCUGGGCGUCCCGUACGCCGUGAGCUCCAUGGCGCCGCCGUCGCCCCCCGGGAGCCCCGCGGAGGGUGACUCGGGCUGCUGGAUGGAGAAGUACUGCCCCAUGUACUGCAAUGAGUACUGCACCCUCAGCGCCUUCCAGGAGAAGGGUCCCACAGGGGGAGGGGGCCCCCCUACAACCAAAGCCUGCCCGACGGGGGCCCUCAGAGCGGAGGCCGUUACUGAAGCAUAAGCGGACUGUAAAAAAAGCGUCUAAUUAAAAAUGUAAUUACUGUUAGAACCUGAAGUUCAACUACACACAUUUAGAUUUACAGCAUUAAAUGCUUUACGCUAAAAAUAACUUUUAGAUGCGUUGCUGUUAUAACAUGCACGUUUGCAGUUUAUUAAAUAAAAUGCUAACAUUUUGUAGAAAGUUUUAUUUACGCCAACACAUACAUGAACAAAGCACCAUAUAACCUUAGUCUGAUACAGAAGUAAGCCUACCUGCCUCAGUCAUCAUGGCCAUUUUUAUUUAUUUCAUAGCAAACACUCUGAAUAACAAAAAGACAGCCAA